AUGAAUAAUUCCAAAGAUGACGAACAGGAAAUUUGGAAAUCGAAUAUUCUCCAAUUCGAUAUUCCAUCCAGUGAUGACCAAAAGUUAGAACAGAAACAACUACAAGAUUCAUGCAAUGUUGAUGAUCACGGAGUUUCUGAUGAAAAAGAUGAUCUGACAACAUUAAAUGCUCCCUUGUCUCAACCGAUACUUAAAGUAACACAAAUCGGGAUACAAAUGGUAAAUUUAUCAUGGACAUUGAAUGAUUCUGUUGAUCCAUCAUGGAUUAAAGCCUAUCGCAUUAUUGUAAAUACAAAAUCGACUGAAAUUCUUCCACCUAAUCAACAUGAAUACAAAUUAGAAAACCUUGAGCCAGAUACCACAAAUGAAGUUCAAAUCUCUGUGACAUCUCGUUCAGAUUUUGCUGAUGAAAAAAUCUCUGAACCAGUAAAUAUUAUAUGUCCACCACGGCCACAAGCACCAACAAUCCAAUCAAUUGAUUCUAAUCAACCAUGUUCCAUUGGAAUAAAAUGGAAAAUAAAUAAAAAUAAUUCAGAUAGAAUAACAUCUUUUAAAAUUUUUCUCGAUGGAAAACUUCAUGAUGAAAUCGAUACUGAUGGACAGCAUUCAUUUAAAUAUGAAUAUACUCAAUUACAAACUAAUCAAACAUAUUCAAUUUUUAUUAAAGCAUGUAUAAAACAAAACAUAUUUGAUGAUUCCAUCUAUCAAUGUGAUAUUGAAUCAAAUGCAUCGAAUGAAUUAAUAUUACAAUGUACUACUCCAUCAAAAGUUGCACCUCUACGAAUCGAACGAAUGCAUCCAGAUGGAAUUGAUAUUGUUUGGGAUAUACCUACGGAAGAUCAAGAUAUGAACAUAAUUGGAUAUCAGAUAUUGAAAAAUGGACGACCAUUUGGUAAAUCAAUACCAGUUGAUCAACGACGAGCUUCUAUUCAUGAUCUAGUAGUUGGUAAUCGAUAUUCAUUACAAGUAGUACCAAUAAGACAACAUUCUGAUAGCUUCUUAGAAUAUAAUCCUGAAAAUCAUGAUUCCUAUUUGUUAGGACCAAAACUUGACAUUGAAUUUACAGAUUUAAUACAGAUUCCGUCAAAACUUUGGAUUGAAAAUAUUUCUGGUCAUUCAGCAGUAGUUUGUUGGUCUCAAGUCGAUGAUUUAUCAAAUGAAAAUACAAUACCAGAUAGUUACAAACUACAUAUUUGGAAUAGUAGAGAACAAACACGUCAUCAAACUGCCGUUAUUUCAAUAUCAAAAGAUAAAACUAGUCAACAAUUAAAAGAUCUUCAAUCCAGUACAAUCUACGAAGUUCAGUUAGAGGCCUAUAAGAGACGAUAUCGUCAAAUAACAAAUGAAUCAUAUAUUGUCUCAACUAUAUCUGAUAUUUUAACAUUUGAGACAGGUGCACCACCAAAUGCACCAUCAAACUUGCAUAUUAUUUCUUGUACCAAUACAGCUGUUCGUUUAGGCUUUGAUCCAUUUAUUGAACAUAGUGCAGAAAUAAUAGCACUUCGUGUUCAUUGUGAAUCGCUUCAUUCAGGAAAGAAUUCAAGAGAUAUUAUUUUUGAUUUAACACCUGAUUCAACAGAAUUUCUUUUAUCAAAUUUGAUUGAACGUACAGAAUAUAAUGUCACUAUUUAUGCAAUAACUGAUGAAUAUUUAAAUGAAAUUGAUUGUCAUGAUAUUUCACAGUUACCGAAAAAAUUAAAAUUAUCCAAUUGGUUAAUAAGUCAAAGUUUACAAUUUACAACAAGCGGUUGUGAGCCAGCAAGUCAACUACAUAUUUGUAGUGCAACUUUUGAAUCAAUACAACUUGAAUGGAUAUUACCGAAAGCUUAUGGUUCAACAAAAUAUCUCAGCCAAAUACUUCGAUGGAAAUUAGAACGUGGUAGUGAGGAACAUAGUAUGGAACUUGAUUGUAAUAUUGCAAAUGCAAUAAUACCUGGAAUACUACAACAAGGUUUAUAUAGAAUCUCACUUGAUUCAUUAUUUAGUAUGAAAAUGAAUCUUGAAGAUGAUGAAAUCAAUCGAAAAGAAAUUUGUUUAACAAUAAGUGAAAUAACAUUGGUACGUUAUCGUAUACCAGAUUUAUCUGAACGACCAGAAAUUUGUCUAACUGGUUAUACAACAUCAACAAUUGAUUUAACAUGGAAUAAACCGAAUAUGUUUAGUAUUAUUGAUCAUCCAGAAAGAUUAAAUGAACAAAUUAAAAUUCAUCGAAAAUUACUUGGAUAUAGAGUUGAAAUUAAUGGACGAAAAUAUAAUACUUUAGAUGAAAAUCAAUAUCAAUGUACAUUGACUGAAUGUCAUGCUGGUGAAGAAUAUAAAGUACGAUUAGUUGCACAAACUAGUGUUCAAAAUGAAUAUCUAAAUGAUAUGUUUUUACAUGAUGAUGAGCCUAAUGAAACACCCUCAAAAAAAUUACGUGUUCGAAUGUUAACGGAUCAAGAUCUCCUUCGUUCUUUUCAAGCUAAUUUUGAAUUUCAUCAUCAUGUAACAAAAGAAAAUAUUAUUGAACAAAGAAAUGAAAUAAAACCAUUAGGAAAAAUAAAUAUACAUUGGAUAGUAUCAAAUAUCGAAAAUAUUUCAUAUUUUAUUCUACAAUGGCAUUCAUCAAAAGAUUCAUAUAUUCAACAAAAAUUAUUCGAAAGUAAUGAAACAUCAUUUACAAUAGAUGUCUGUGAUGAAAAAGAAUUUUAUAUUAUUGAAAUAAUUAUUGUUACAAACGAUGAUAUAAAAUAUCAAUAUGAACAAUUAAAAAUGCCAAUACCAGGUGAACCAGAUGCACCAAAACUAUGGUUGCUUAAAACAUCUGAUUCAAAUUUUGUUGUUGAAUGGUCAGAACCAAAAUCUUAUGGUAUACCUAUUAUUGGCUUUCAAUUAUAUAUUGAAGGUAAAAAAGCAGGUGAUAUGGUUGAAGUUAAUUUACGUCGAGCUGAAAUUCCUUCGGAGAUUAAUCGAGCAUAUGAAAUCAAUAUAUGUGCUUUAACAAAUAAUCCUCAACGUACACGAUCAGUUAUGUCACAAACAUUAGCAGUUAUUACAACACCAGCAAUGCAGAUCAAUAAUAAUAUAACUCCUGCAAUAGCUAUUCAAAUUGAAUCAAUUAAUGAAGAAAAACUUCAUGUUAAUUGGAAAACAUUUGUACCGAUGACAGAAAUACGUUGUUAUUAUAUCCAUUAUACUUGUUUGAAUACUGGUGAAAUACAAACUAUGAAAGUAUCGAAACGAUAUCGACAUGCAACAAUACGUAAUUUAAACUCGGGUUUUACUUAUGAAAUCAUGGUUUUGGCUGUUGAUAAAAAUGGUAGAAUAUUAUAUUCAUCAGAUAAAAGUACUAUUCAUAUGAAUGUGUCACCUAAUGCUCCAAUUGUUGCAAUUCGUGAACGUACAAAUGAUCAUGUAACACUUGAAUGGCGUCCAGCACCAAAUUGUGAUGAACUUACUAUUGUUAGUUAUAAAAUUUAUGUUAAUAAUCGUCUAACAGCUAUUCUUUCUAAUGAUCAAUUAUCAUAUACUUUGACAAAUGGUUCACCGUGUGAAGAAUAUACAGUUUAUAUUCAAGCAAUAAGUGAUGAUAAAAAUAUUCCGAGUCCAAUGUCUCGUGGUGUCAAAUUUUUUUGGCCAGGUAUUAAACCAGGUAUAUUUCGACGUUUAGAUGAUGGACAAACAGGGAUUGUUGUUGUGGCUUGGGAACAACCUCGUUUAGAAGAUGAAACAGACAGAUUGAUUGGAUUUAAACUUUUUUCAGAAAAUAUAUCAACACAUGUUGUUCGUUCACAUGGUGAAUAUAAUGCUGAAACAUAUCGAGCAGUAAUCUAUAAUUUAAGUAAUGCAAAAUAUCUUCUUUGGUUAGAAAUUCAAAGUGAACUUUAUUCUGUUCGUGCUCGACCCAUUACAAUUACAUCUGGUCGAUUUCGAAGUCGCUCAUCAUUUGCACCAGCAAAAUGUUUUUUGAAGAAACAAAAACGGUAA